GUGGACAUGUCGUCGUUACUGGACUACGACAGCGGGUUCUGGCGGUGGCAGGGCAGCCUCACGACGCCGCCGUGCAGCGGCGGCGUGCGGUGGUUCCUCCAACGCGAAAUUUCCGCGGUGGAGUGGAAGCAACGCGAAGCGUUCAAGCAUCACGUCGGGUCGUUCCCGGGGAACGCGCGCCCGACGCAGCCGCUGAACGGACGCAGUGUU